GUUAAAACGAUUUAUUAACAUGAUGUUUGUUUCCCAACACAACCUCUAAUUUAUCUUUAACAAGAUCACGUGAUGUGCAGUUGCAGAAUUCCGCCAAAAUUGACUGAUAUAGCGCGAAAAACGAAGGAGAUCCGCUUCGUGCAGACUGCAAGGUACAUCUGGUUAUCCUACUUUGAUGAUUUGUGUGAUCUUAUCUGACCUCUGCCUUUUUGGAUGCUGUGUGACCUUGCCUGACCUGCAAAACUGACCUUCCUCUUCCAUUCACCAUAUAUAGGAAAUAACUUGACACCAUGACGAGGGAUAGCUAUAAUGUUAAUGAUGGAAAAUGUACCAAUGGUACAACUGUAAUGAACAGUCAAUAUGAUGAAAAGGAAAAGUUCUUACCACCUGUCAAGGUGGAGCCUGGGCUUGACAGCAUCAACAAAAACCCUGACGACCUUGAACUUAAUAAGGAGGAUGAUGCACCUAAGGACAGAUAUCGAAUUGUCUUCUUCAUAAUGUUGAUUCAUGGAAUCGGUAUCCUUAUGCCAUGGAAUAUGCUUAUCAAUGCUAAAUCGUAUUUUGAAGACUACAAGCUUUCCAAGAACACAACAGAAGUUAAUGAACUUAGGAGCAAUUUCAUGUUUUACCUUGGAAUAGCAUCACAAGUUCCAAACUUUAUCAUGAGUGGUAUCAACACUUUUUGUCACUGUGGUGGAGGCAUGCCCUCAUCACGGAGAAUUGUGAUUGCUAUUUCUUUGGAAGUUGUGUUAUUCAUAAUAACAGUGAUCCUAGCCAUGGUGGAUAGCACUGAUUGGUCCAGGGAGUUUUUCUACAUAACUAUGCUAACAGCUGUCUUCCUUAACAUGGCUACUGGUGUAUAUCAGAACAGUGCAUUUGGUCUCGCUGCCAUUCUACCCAUGAAGUACACAAAUGCCAUUGUUCUUGGAAAUAAUCUGUCUGGUGUUUUUAUUGCUGUUGUCAAUCUGCUUGCUUCUGCUGGGGCACCUGACCCAAAGAUUCAGGCCAUCUAUUACUUUGUUGUUGCCAUAGUGAUACUUCUGGUGGCUCUUGAUGCUUACUUCCUCCUCCCUAACAUGAAAUUUUACAAGCACUACAAAAGCCAAGUAACUGCAGCCAUGUCAAACAGUGAAUCUCCGAGUUCUUCAUCCUUCAGCCAGACAAUGGGUCAGUUCAAAAAUGUCUUCAUCAAGAUAAAGGUCCAGGCCAUUUGUGUUUGGUUUGUCUUCUUCGUGACGUUAUCCAUCUUCCCUGCCAUUUGGAGUAACGUUAAGAGGAUUGACUUCCCUCUCAGUGAUGGGAUGUUUGUUGGAAUUUUCUGCUUCCUGAGUUUCAAUUUGUUUGCUGUGCUUGGUAAUUUGACAUCAGAGUUUAUCAAAGUGCCAGGACCAAAGUAUGUCUGGGUACCGAUCCUGCUCCGUGGUCUGCUCAUUCCUUACUUCCUGUUUUGUAACUUCCAACCGGGUACAGGGCGUACAUUAGCUGUUCUUAUCGAGAGUGACUAUGCAGCUAUUUUCGGUGGUGUUAUUCUGGCCUUCACCAGUGGCUACUACAGUAGUCUUGUUAUGAUGUAUGGCCCAAAGUUGGUGGAGCCAGAGGUAGCCGGCAAGGCUGGAAUGAUAAUGGCAUUUUGUCUGGUGACUGGGAUAACAACAGGCGUAGCCUUCUCAUUUCUUCUGUCCGUAAUGGUUAGUUGGGGUUAACUACUGACUCCGAUACCAAAAUGAUCUAUCAUGACCUUUAGGAAGGAGGUCAUAGACAACAAUUACUUGCUACAUCUAAAGUAACGGUCAAGACCAUUCUUCAUCCAGGAUCAAGUUUAAGAUCAACAAGCUGAUCAGCUAAAAGGAUGUAUGGAUGUGACUGUAUUGUUACAGCAAAAGUAAAACCAUUGACUUGCCAAGCAUUUAAAUAUGUAGUUAUGGAACUGCACUUGCCUUCAUUUUAUCACAUGAAAAUUAGGAAAUAACCAAUGUAUGUUCUUCCAGUUAAAAAAAAAAUCAUUAUUAGGUGUUGUUAUAUGUUGCUAAAACCGUAACAGUAACACGUAUUAUAAGACAUUUAAGAAAAAAUAACAACAGACUUCUGUCACUUGGCUGCAGUGUCUGGACCACUCACUUGAAAUGUUUAUUCAUAGCUACAUGAUUGCAAAAUGAGGGAAUUGUUCAUUCACAGCCUAGCCACAAUAACAGGACCUCUCAAGGUAUAAUAUGGGUUUCACGGUUCAUACUGCGCUGUCAAUGCCUCUUGAGAGAUGAGUGUGUUAACAGCUUUCUGAAAAGCUUGUGCCCUUGCACUUCCCAUAGUUUAAUCAGUAUAUCACAAUUAUGUAAUGUAAUUUUCGAAUCAUUGAAUUUGAACUAACUCUUUUUAUAAAAUUGUUUUAAUUAAUAUCAUUCCGGGAAUCUACAGAACAAGAGAUUUACAGUUUAGAUUUACGUGCUCAGAUAUUGGUUAAAUUUUGUGGAUAAGUUUGAUAACAGCAUGUAAAUGAUGAAGGAAGAUGGCGAUGUAAAGUCCUAAGAGCUUACUGUAAACGUACUUGAUUUUGUGCCAUCAAAUUUUAAGGCUCUAUCACUUUUUGGCAAAUUAACGUCACGAUGAAUUUGUAUAUCCACAAUAAUUGUUAAAUAAACAUACAUAAACUGCUAUUUGAACAACAAUCUUAUUGUAGCGCUAUGAUUUCGGUAUGAAAAACGCUGAAAUAAGAUUAUGCUAAAAUAUGUAUGUUUACAGUAUCAGAAAGGUCAGUUCCAAAGGAUUAACGUUCCCUACCCAAAGCCAGGUAUUAAGUUUACAAUAUGCAAGGGACCACAGCCCAUAAUGGUUGUUGAUUGAAUUUUAUACACUGCCAAACACUGACAGCUUUAUUGUCAGUUUACAAAAUUUAUACUUCAAGACUUUAUUCUACACAACCUGCCAGAUAUUAUUGAGAGCUAGUUUUAUCAGCUAAUCCUACAGGUAUUUGAUGAUGUUCAAAUGUUCAUAAACCUCAUUUUCAUCUUCAGACUUCAUUCAUCUUGAUAUCCUUCUAGAUGCAAUAUGAAUUAGAUAACUUUCCCAAGUCUUCUCGGGGUUCCUGAUAAUAUUUUUUUAAAAGUACUAGUUUUAUCUACUAGUAAUAUCAUUUAAAGCAACAUUUCGCUGUUGAUAUACAUAAAGCUGCCACAAGAUACGCUCGCUAUAAUAACAUAGCUAGUUCAUGUGCACGCUGCUGAAACAAGGUGGUCUCCAAAGGCAAAUCUACUGGAAUAGCUCCAUCAUAAAGGCCUACAUUUGUUAGUGUAAUUAAUGCAGGUUUGUCUGCUGUAUACAAAUUAUAGCUAGUUUGUACUGCAUUGUACUUAGCAUGUUUUGUUCAAACAUUUUCAGUACAUGAGGCAGCAAGUAGAGUCUCUGCAUGUGUUCUUUACUCCAAGCAAUUUAUUUAUUGUGGUUUACUGUAUUUAAUGGGCAAUAAGCCCAUCCAUAUAUAGUGCUUUUCCAUUAAAAUAGAAGCCAGUGCUUUAUCAGACAUUUAUUUAACCCAAACCAUGACAUGAAUAAGCAGUAAAUGCAUUGUUCGGGGUUCUUUUUUUUCAGAAAUUUUGAAAUCCUGCUUAUUCAUUAUUGCGAUUUCCAGCUGCUGCCCCUUCUUACAAUUUUGUUUCACACAAGUUUGUUAGUGCUGAUAUUAAGCUUACAAUCUAAUUUAUUUGUUGCUCUUAUUUGAAUUCUUUUUAAAGAUGCUAUUGACAUAUUUAAGCUGUACAUACUGCCUGUCUUACUCUAUCCCAGGUAUUUCAAUAUUUCAGUUUAUUUUAAUCUUAAGCACUACGCUUUGUUCAGUUUGUCACAAAAGAGGCAAUAAGGAGGAUUUAAUCAAAUAUCACAUUAGAUUUUGAGACAUAUCUAUUGAUAGUCAUUAAAAAUAGAUAGAUCAAGUCCCUGUUCCUAUAUUUAUUUGAGAUCAGAGCCCUGUUCCCAUAUUUAUU